UGUCCCCGCAGGGCUGCCGUAGACAGCGGCUCGGCCCGCCUCCAGCUCAAAUGUUUGGAUGUCAUGAUUAGGUGGAAGGAGGAAAUCACAGGUCGUCUGGGGACAGCUAUAGCAGACUCUGACCCUUUAAGUUUAAGUUAACUUUUGGCGAAGUGAUGUCCGACCUCGGUUGUUCGUGGUGAGUUCACGGGCACUAGCUUACACCGGGAACAUGGCUUUGUUGCGUUCAAAGUCUGCGCUGUUGUGGUUUCUGAUUGUUUUGGCAGCUCAUAUCGCUGAAACAGGAGGGAGACCGAGGCGCCAGGUGUUGCUGACCGAAGGUGACAGCACGGUGAGUUUGAGAUCUCGGCAACCUCCCGCCGGGCCGGAGCCCGGUGACCCGGCGGACGCGUUCAAAGUACCAACUCUGGAUGGGGAGUUUUCCUUCCAGCCCGACGCUUUGAGGGGACCUCUGGUGAUCCACGCCUUCACCAACAACUCAGGGUUUCUGGAGUGCCUUUGGAGCUCAGAGUCUUCGCUAAAAAGUCUCGUGGAGGAACUUCCGAACAGCACUCAAGUGCUCUUCCUAUCCCUGGACGACUCUGUGGUCAGUGAUGUUCUCUGGAUGCGGGAGCAGGUGCUGCGGGCCGCCGCCCACAGUAAAAAGGAGGUUCUGUCCAGGCUGCACUUCUCUCCGGUGCCCGUCUUUGCUCUGGGUAACUGGAUCCCCAGAGUGCUUUACUACUGGAGCUGCAUGGGACACAGCUGUGGUCUUUCCCAGGCUGCUUUCAUCUCAGAGGAGUGGAAGAUGCCUGUGAUCAUUAAAAGACUAGAUGCCAGAUAUGACUGGCUCAUGGCACGCUGGGGCUCAAAGUCCUAUACAGUGAUUGAUGCUGGAGAUGGGUGUGAAACCUUCCCCUCGGUGGCAGGCGCUGUGGCCUGGGUGUCUGAAGGCAACUGUUCUUUCUUCACUAAGGUCUGUACUCUGAAACGAUGGCCAGAGGGCAACAAGUCAAACUCACUUUACUUUGGCUUCGUCUCCAGGUUUGAUUUCUUUGCUGAUCUGCAGACUAAACUCCAGAAUCCUGCAAAAGUUGUUUCUGUCUUUGAUAAAGUCCAAAUGCAAGGGGACAAAGGAGCCGUGGCCACAGUCGACCUGUCUAUAGGUAAGUUUAUCAAAACAACUGUGGAGCUGUACGCUGUCAUCACAGGACACGGCAGCGACGAGAACGGCUGCGGAGAAUUUUGUGUCACCUCCCACCAUUUCGUGAUCAACGCUGCUUAUAACAACACCCACGUAUUUGAUUCUGCAGGAACGGCUCUGGGCUGUGCAAUGCGCGUCAAAGAGGGCGCUGUACCGAACGAACACGGCACAUGGCUGUACGGCCGAGGAGGCUGGUGUGAUGGACUACAGGUGAAUCCCUGGAGGGUUGAUGUCACCAAACAGCUCAACAUGAGCAGGUCUGAAUCCAACACUGUCGUCUACUUUGGCUUGUUCAACGGACGGGAUCCAAACCCAGCGCAGCCGCCAGGAUACAUCAUCAUGACUUCUUCCCUCGUCUUCUACAAGUGAUCCCGCUCUUUUUAAAAACUCUCCUGUGAAUUUCGAUCUGAAUGAAUGUACAGUCAGUUUGACGAUUAAAAUGUUUUUAAAAAAAA